AUGUCAUCCAAGGGCGUACCAGAACCGGCCAUGUCCAGCCGUGCCGUCCUUGUCGACUUAUUUUCCCGCAGCAUCUCGGCGUUCCAGUCAUCCAAAGAUGCGUUCCGCGUAGUCUGCACCCUGCCCCGACGGACAGCGGGCCACGACGACGCGUCGCCGCGGCCACCGAGGGAGGGACGGCCGCCGCGGCGGGUGAGGAGUCUCGUCGUGCUGGAUUCGUCGUUCAACCCGCCCACGCUGGCGCACAUGCGCAUGGCCGUCUCGGCGAUCCGCGACUUGCAGCGGGGGCGGGGGGAGGAGGCGGCCCAGGAGAGGACGUCGGGCGUGAGGCUGCUUCUGCUUCUCGCCGUGAACAAUGCCGACAAGGAGCCCAAGCCCGCGGCGUUCCACGUGCGGCUGGGGAUGAUGCGCGCCUUUGCCGAGGACUUGCUUGACGAGCUGAGGGGUUCGUCGUCUCAGGGCGAAGGGGAGGAGAAGCCGGGGCAGCCGGCAGGAGGGAAAGAGGAGGAGGAGGAGGAGGAGGAGGAGGAGGAGGAGGAGGAGGCGGCGGGUAUCGACGUUGACCUGGGGCUGACGACGAUGCCGUACUUCCACGACAAGAGCCAGGCCAUCUCAGAUAACGGGUUCUACGCCGUGGAGGGGGAGGGUCCGCAGCAGGUCUACCUCGCGGGGUACGACACGCUGAUCCGCAUCUUCAAUCCGAAGUAUUACAAUGCCGCGAGUCCGUCGGCGACCGAUGACGGGGAGGGGUCGGGGGCUGUGGCUGUGUCGCCUAUCCGACAAGCACUUGACCCGUUCCUUGAGCGGUCCAGGUUGCGGAUCACGAUGCGUACGGACGAUGAAUGGGGCGACGAGAGGGCGCAGGUCGCUUACCUCGAGGGGCUGAGGAACGGCGGUCUGGAAGAGGUCGGCGGGUGCGGUGCGUGGGCUGAGAGGGUCGAGAUGGUCAGGGGCGUCGGGGAGGUCGUUAGCAGUACGAGGGUGCGGGAGGCUGCGAGGAGCGGCGACGAGGAUGCGUUGGGACGGCUGGUUGGGAGGAGGGUGAAGGAGUGGGUGACGGGGGAAGAGCUGUAUCGAUAA